UAAUACCAGAUGUUUUGUAAUUCUAAAACUCAGAGAAGAAAAGAGCUAGCUCUGCUAUUUCAGAUCUUUCACAGAUCCUAAAUUCUCAAGAUGGGUCAGACUUUUUAAGGAGUUCAAAUGAAGUUUCAGCUGAUAAAGACCUAUCCCAUAUACCUCCAUUAAAGACCCAUGGUAAAUCAUUAACAAGAUUACUAUCAAAGAGAUAGAAGAUUUACUGUCUGUCAGUACAUCACUUCAAGGGAAGGAAACAGUGACAGAAUCAUUCAUUUAACUCCCUGUUACUAAAAGGAAGCUGAUGGGUAGUGACAUCUCAAAGGCUGCUGUUGUAGAAGAGAAAUUAUAAAGUAAGACUGAAAAACAAACUUACCAAGAAACGAGAAUUUCAAGUGUAAAAUUCAGUGGCAUUAAUGACAUUCGUGAUGUUGUGCAACCAUUGCUACAUUGAUUUCCACAACUUUUCAUCACCACAAAAAGAAGCUCACUAAGCAAUAACUCCCAUUCCUGCCUCUGUCGAGCCCCAGCUCAGUUUGAAGUACCAGAUGGAAAUCUUGUGCUUGAUGAAAACCAAGAUUCAAUAUCAAAAACACAAAUGCAAGUAAAAAAACAGAGAACAUCCAAAGGGGAAAGAAACAUUACUAAUGAUGAUGUACCAGAUAAAACCCUUAUGCUUAAGCAUCAAGACUCAAAGUCAGAAACAGAAAUGCAAGUGAAGAAACAAAAAACUUCCCAAGGUGAAGCAUUCAUUACUCCUGACAACAUAACAGAUGAAAGCCCUGUGCUUGAGCUUCAAGAGUCAAUGUCAAAAACUCAACUUCAAGUAAACAAACAAAAAAUUGCUAAAGAGGAAAGAGUCACUAAACUCAAAUUGGUAGAUAAGGUGUUGAGAUCUGUAACUCAAAAGGCAAAUGUGGAUCAAAGGAACAAACUAGAAGGGUUGCCUGAGAGGCCUGUUGGAGGAUCCAUAAGGCAUCCGUUUGGCUGGGACCCACUCGAAGCUCAUGAUAAAGUACCUGGAAAUCAUGAUCCUAAAGACUCAAUGUCAAAAACUCAACUGCAAGUAAAAAAACAAAGAGCUUCCAAAGGGGAAAGAUUCUAUGACAUAUCUGGUAAGAAGUUGCUGUGGCCGAGGUCAAAGAGGUUACUACCUGUUUUCUCCUUUCAGGAUGAAGUACCAGAUGAAAAUAAUUUACCUGAGCGUCAAGACUCAAUGUCAGAAUCAGAAAUUGAAGUGGAGAAACAAACAAGCCACAAAGGAGAAAGACCUAGUACUCUUAAUGAAGUGCUAGAUGAAAAUCUUAAGCUUAAACAUCAAGACUCAGUGUCAAAAACCCAAGUACAAUUUAAAAAACAAAAAAAAUCCAUGGAGGAAAGAAUCAGUACUCAUUUUGGAGUACCAGAUGAAAAUUUAAUGCUAGUGAAUGAAGAUUCAGUGUCACAACCCCAAAUGCAAGUAGAGAAACAAAUAACUUACAGAAAGAAAAGGCGCCAUACUUAUUUUGGCAUACCUGAUGAGAAUCUUAUGUUUGCGAGUCAAGAUUCAGCAUCAAAAUCCCAAGUGCAAGUAAAGAAACAAAUAACUUCCAGAAAGGAAAGACGUAAAACUGAGAAAAUGGAUGAAAAAGCAGGUAAAAAUCUUUCACCUGAAGAUAAUGAAGUUUUAAUCUCAAAAGGCUCAUCUCAAAUUAAGACCCUUGGAGCUACCAGAAAAGUGGGAUUUACUAAACAUGAAAGGAAAUAUUCCUCGAUAAUUGAUCAGGAUACGUAUGAACCCUCAGAUUUUACCCUUGAAGAUCUAGAACUUACUAUAGGAUACAAGGAUCAAAGAGAAAGAAGUAGAGUUUACCAAUCUCAAAGAUUGAAUGUCAAAACUGAAGUAGCUUCAGAACUUCCAGAUAUGGCAGAUAUUCCAGCAAUUAAUCCAUCAAUUAGUGAUCUAAUACUUCAAUUAGAUUUAAACAAAGUAAUAGAAACUGAUAUAGAACACUUGAAGAAUGCCAUUGAAAGAAGUAUAUUGGUGAAGGAAAAGAAGAUACAAUCAAAGAGUCUCCCUGGUGUGAAUUUAUUCAAAAACAGAUAUAUGUCCACACAACAUCAAGAAGAUUUUUUUAACAGUCACAUUGCACCACAUAAAUUCUCUACAAACAGGAUCAGUUUUUCAACCUUUGACACUCAAGAAAGAUCUGAGUACAUUUCACCCCAUGUGAAUAAACCUCCAAAAGCAUAUCACAGAACAUCUAGGGCUGGGUCAACCAUUUAUAAAACCAUCCAGUUUCCUUCACUAAAUAAAGAACCUUCAGGACAUCCAAAAAAUUCUAUCUCAAACAAAAAAAAAAGUUGAACUUACAAAUACUCUGCUUGCUGUGAUCUCUACAACUAAAAAACCUAUCUAUGAAGGUAAAAAAAAAAAACAAAAAAACACUGCUUUACAAAGACAAAUGAAAUAAAACUUGGUAUUAUG